CAAGACGAAGAAGAAGGUGUAGCUUUGGUUUCGUGUUUAAUUUUAAUGGUAAUAAAUAAAAUCUUGUGUAAAAUCUCAAAACAAGAUAUUAAUUACCUACCACCAUUAUUGAGAAUAACAUUAGUUUAUCAUAAAACGAAUACAACACAUAAGUCCUAUACAACAAUGCCUAGAGCUUUACCAGACAGAUGGAUACCAUACAAAGCAUGUGGAAAGGUUAUAGAAGGCACAAGGAUCAUCUGCUUUAAAGUUCCUCUAAAAACGAGCAUUCAAACGAAUAAUCCUGAAAUAAAAGAGAUAUGGGACGUGAAAACGCUUCUACAGACAUUACCCAACCUAGGAUUGGUCAUAGACCUAACAAAUACAAAACGAUAUUAUGAUCCACAACUAAUAAAAUCAGCGGGAGUGGAUCAUAAGAAAAUUUUAAUGCCUGGCCGGAUGUUACCACCUGAAAAUAUAGUAGCGGAAUUUAUGGGUGCCGUAGAUGAGUUUCUUCAAAAUGACAAAGACCGUGUAGUCGGUGUUCACUGCACGCACGGCCUGAACAGGACCGGCUACAUGGUGUGCCGGUACAUGCGCGACCGUCUGACUAUUCCCGCCAAGGAGGCUAUCAAACGUUUUGAGUUAGCGCGCGGGUACAAGAUGGAGAGGAGAGUUUACAUUGAUGACAUCCUACAAACUAGAUCCAGCCCUGAAAACUGGAGGGAGAAAGAAGAUAGCGUGACAGAGAAAGACAGGUCGCCGCACUAUCGAAGAGAGAGAACAGAUAGCAUGACAGAAAGAGAAAACGUUGGGUCUCAGUGUGAUAGGAAAAAAGAAAGAGGUAGCAUAACAGAAGAAGAUACGAGUAGAUCUCCGCAUGACCGGAGAAAUAAAAAACAUAGUUGGAGGUCUUCGAACGGACAGAGAAGGACAGAAGAGAAUAAAAAAGAAAGAGAUAGCAUAACAGAAGAAGAUACGAGUAGAUCUCCGCAUGACCGGAGAAAUGACAAACAUAGUUGGAGAUCUCAGAACGGACAGAGAAGGACAGAAGAGAACUGGAGGUCGAAUAAGGACAGAGAAACAGAUAACUGGAGGUCGAAUAAGGACAGAGAAAGUGAUAACUGUAGGUCGUCCUUUAACAGACAAGGAAGAGUUAAGAGAGAUAGCAGAAGGUCCCUGUUCGAAAGAGAGAAGAGAGAAAGGAAGAAUAGUAGAAGGUCAUCGUGCGAUGAAAUAGAUUAUACAUUUGAUUAUUGACGUUUUAAUAGUACUUAAUGAAAUGCUUUAGAACAAUUUUUAUACACCACAAUAUAUUUAAAGCAUAAU